CAGGAGGCAGAGAAGAUGGGCAUCCUCAGCGUAGACUUGCUGAUCACACUGCAAAUUCUGCCAGUUUUUUUCUCCAACUGCCUCUUCCUGGCGCUCUAUGACUCGGUCAUUCUCCUCAAGCACGUGGUGCUGCUGUUGAGCCGCUCCAAGUCCACUCGCGGCGAGUGGCGGCGCAUGCUGACCUCAGAGGGGCUGCGCUGCGUCUGGAAGAGCUUCCUCCUGGAUGCCUACAAACAGGUGAAAUUGGGUGAAGAUGCCCCCAAUUCCAGUGUGGUACAUGUCUCCAAUCCUGAAAGAGCUGACAACAGUGGAAAUGGUUCUCUGGAGAAGACAGAGGAUGGAGCAGAGUGCCACCUUCUUGACUUUGCCAGUCCUGAGCGUCCACUGGUGGUCAACUUUGGCUCAGCCACUUGACCUCCUUUUACUAGCCAGUUGCCAGCCUUCCGCAAACUGGUAGAAGAGUUCUCGUCAGUGGCUGACUUCCUGUUGGUCUACAUUGAUGAGGCUCAUCCUUCAGAUGGUUGGGCAGUACCUGGGGACUCCUCUUUGUCUUUUGAGGUGAAGAAGCACCGGAACCAGGAAGAUCGAUGUGCAGCAGCCCACAAGCUUCUGGAGCGUUUCUCCUUGCCGCCCCAGUGCCAUAUUGUGGCUGACCGCAUGGACAAUAAUGCCAACGUAGCUUAUGGUGUAGCCUUUGAACGUGUGUGCAUUGUGCAGAGACAGAAAAUUGCUUAUCUGGGAGGAAAGGGACCCUUCUACUACAGCCUUCAAGAGGUCCGGCAAUGGCUGGAGAAGAAUUUCAGCAAGAUGAAAUCUAGAUUAGCUGGUUAAAGGUAUGAUUGUAAGAGAGCUUAUUAUUUAAAAAUUAUGUACAGGAAAGGAAACUAAGAACUGAAUCCACUAUUUCAGCUGAGUCCCAUUGCCUCACUGAAAGGAAUUUACAUAUCAGAAUAUUAAACUUCUAACAUCUCAAUACUUCUUUUACCACUCAGAUGGUAUUUGGCUAAAUAGUAGCACCAUCACUUCCCUUCCUAGUGAAAAGAUCCCAAGAUGGAGAGGAAGAAACCCUGAUUCAGCAUGUUGUCAUUCUGCCUUAAGAAAGAAGUGAUACAACUGAUGCAUGCUUUGGGACAGAAGAAAAGAAUUAUCUGAAUGCUGUUAUGUUUGGGAAGCUGCUGUCAGGAUAAGGGGCAUUGCCUGGGUUUUAUUCAGCAUGGAUAAAGUCCAGCUGGAAAAUUCUCAAAUACUAUCCUCUGAGUCCUUAACCCAAGGCCAUGUGGUUAGGGCCUUGGUGUUUAAUAUGAUAGAGUAGUUUCUGAUGUUCUGGUUUCUAGCAUGCAGUGCUUUAUGCCAGUAUAAAUAGCCCAGAACUCACAGGUCUGCAUGUAGACACCAAGAAUGAUCCCUCAUCCCUCAAUCUGGAUGGUUAGAAUGAUCAUCUGAGGUUUCAAGGUUACUUUCUAGGUAGUUGGGGAAAGGGAUAGAAGAAAAUCAAAUUGACAAAGUAGGAAAGAUGAGGCAGAAAUAAUAGGAAGCUUCAUAGAGCUUCAUCUUGAAACUGUAGAGAGUGAGACUAAUUUGUUAGUCACAGAAACGUACACAAGUCCAGAAAAAGAAGUUUGACUAAAAAUAACAUAGAGAAUACACAUGUGAAAAUAAUACAUUUAUCAUAUGCUCUUUUGUUGAGAAAGGGAAUUGAAAAAAACACCUCUAGUAUUCGUAUUUAUGAGGAUUUUCUUGCAGUAAUAAUUACUUUUUGAAACAUGUAUGUGGUAUGUAUAUUUGCAGUGGAUAAAUCAUACCCCUUGGUACCAUUAAAGGUAAAACCAGUGGGUAUAGUGGUGCUGGCCUGUUCCUCCCUGUUCCUAUAAUUAUGAUGUGCCCCCACUCAUUCCUGGUCCCCAUCUCUAUAGUAAUAUCCUCUCUGAAGGCUGAGAUAAAGAGUAUUUGUUCACCUGUGUAUAUCGUCUCAGCUGUCAUGUGGGACAGGUGCUUUGGCUAUUCAGCUACAGCCCCAUUUUCCUUCAAAAGUAGGUAAGCUUUAAAUGAAUGAUAGGCAGAAACAAACAAGUCAGAAAGAAACAGCUGCAAAACAGAGGAAGAGAAGUUUAGUUUGGGACAAUUCCACUGGUAAUUUCGGAAACUUUGAUAUAAUGCAACCUAAUGUAGCAUGGAAUUUGGUAACAUGGAAUUCCCAUUUAUGUAUGAAUUUGAACUUGGGUCUCCCUGUGGCUCCAUUAUCUGAGAUCUAAUAAUAUAGGGUCUCUAUAGUGUAUUAUUAUAGUUAUAUGUAUAUAUAUACACAUACUGUGUUUCUCUUUAAAAUAAAUACAGUAGACUUUUACCCAUAAAUAAUAUCUAAAGAUCACACUCCCUAAUUCUGUACCAUAGAAUUUUUCUUGUAAAUUGAUGAUGCUAUCAAAAUCACAGUAUGUGUCUGUAUUUAUAGGUACAAAGUUUCUGAGGACCGUCAUAUUACUAAUUGAAUCAUAAAGUAAAACUAAUAGAAAGAAAUAUCUAUGGAUAAAAACAUCUUUUUGAAAUAGUUGCCUGAAAUCAGGAAACAGAACUGGAUGGUCAAGAACCAAAAGUAAAUUUUUUAAAAACUGGAGAAAAAUAACAGUCAUACCACUGGUUAGUUUAUUGUUAGGACAUUAAAGGAUCAUUGCAACUGACUUUUCUUUUACUGCAACAAACUUUCUAGUGUUUUAAAUUCUAUACAAAACAUUCACAAAGAAUCAAUGUGAAUUUUGAAAAUAUGAUAUCUAUUGAAUUGCUGGCAAAUCAUAUUGAAAAUAGAUUAUUUCAGAUUCCUAAACUGUUAAACUGUAUACUCAAGUUUUAUCUGUGCCCCUCCCCCCCCCACUGACUUUUAUCUUCACAACAGUGUUGAGAUUUAUGUGGUACUCGAGAGAAGUAAAAUGAAAAAUUGGUUGCACCCUUAUAACAUUGUCCUUAAACUUCCCUUUUGUUCUGUAUGCACAGUAAUGGAACAGGAUGUCAGAGAAGCUGGUGGGGGGGAUGGCUUUUGACUGAGGCAGUGCUAGUUGUCUUGGGAAAGGGGUGAUGGGAAAAUCACCCAGUUGUGUUUUGAUUUUAAGGAGAGAGAUGGUUGUAUGUGUGCAGACAAUUCCUCUCCUUGAGGAUAGUCCAAUGAAGAAAUGGAGCAGAGGAAGUAAACACACAAAGGCAUUGGCUGAAUAUUAGGGAGAAAGAUAUAUUCAAUAGAACAUAGACUUUUCUGGAAGAAAGUCUGUUGCAGGGCCAAUGGAGAAAGUGAAUUGACAAAGCUCAGGAUUUUCCCACAGUAUGUGGAAUGGCUUGGUGUUAUCAAGAUUAUGAUAACCCUGUAAUUUUAUAACCUAUUUAUCUCAACUUAAAUGUUAUGAUUUCCUGUGAUGUAUCUUUUAUAAACUUAACAAGAAGUCAUUAUUUGAGGUAAAUGAGAAUCAAUGUUUAGCUGGUAUGCCUAGAGAAAUUAGUAUAUUGUCAAUACCCAUCUACCUACCUAUUGUGUCAUUUAUAAAGCAUGUUCCUCUGAAGCAUUGACAUUCUUAUUCUCACAAGGGGAAAAUAUAUAUGUAUACAUAAAUAUAACCUUGAGUUCUUCUUAGUACCUAAAUAUUUUUCACCAUAGGCUGUGUUUACAUGGAGCUAUCCAUUUAGCCUUUUAAACUGAAUUCACUUGUCUAUUAUUGAAAUCAUUUCCUAGAAAUUUUAGAUUUUAUCAUAGAGUCUGAAUUUACUCAAACAUUUAGUGUUUGAAAGACUUAUGUAUGUCAGGGAACUAUUCAAAACUUACUUUAUUUUUAUUGCUUAGAAGAAAUAGCGGAAUUGACAAAUGACUUUCUUGAAUGGGCAUGAAUGAAAUGCCUGACAAUAAUAUAGAAAUAUUUAAUACAGCUCUUAAAAUUAAAAAAAUCACUCUUUAGAGACAGAGUGGUAACUAUUCUUUGUAAAGCUGAAGUGAUAGUCAUUUAAAUUAAUGUGACUUCUUAUAUUCACAUUUUUGAUCUCUGGUCCUAUGUCUUCACCUCAUUUAUACAGUGUGCUACUGAUUUUUGGUACUAUCGACUUCUAAAUGGCAUAUUGAUUUAGUCAAAUUAUCCUCCCAUUGAUCAGACAUUUUCUGAUCAAGGAGGGAAGAAAAACCUGUUCUCGUUCAUUUUUACCUAAGUAUAUUUCAUCAUUUUGUCUCUUGAAUAAAAAUCAUAAAAUAUAGUACAGUCGUGGGUGGGUGCUGUCUCGCUGCAUAAAAUACCAGAGGCAGAUUAAAGACUGUCUGUGCCUUUGGGAAAAAUCCCAGGUGGAUCGACGUCCCCUUGGCAUGCCCUGUGGGCCGUGUCCACAGUAAGAGGGAAGCACUGAUUUACAGGACUUCCCAUUCUAUACAUCAGAAGAGGGUGAGCCUGGAUGUUCUUACCACUUGAUCUCUGAUUGGUGGUUAGAAAAUAAGCUUAGUUAGGUGGUGGUUGGAAAAUAAGCUUAGUUAGAAUCAAAUGGCCAUUGCAAAGUGGAAAAGGUACACACCUACUUCUGACCCAUUGAAGGAUUAAUGCAAACUCUACCAGCAUUUAGAACUUCUCAGAACGUGACCAAUGUGAUGUCUCUCAGCAGCGGAGAUUGACUAUGCAGCUUUUGAUUCCAGGAGCAUUAAAACAAAAAAAGUGAUAUCACCAAAAAUCAUAGCUAAAAUAUUUUUAGUUACAUUGAAACCUCCUCCCCACUUUCUUUUACCUAAGCAGUAGAAGCCAGACCAUGUCUUCAUAUGUAUGUCCAGAAAGGGACGUAAGAAUCAACCUCCACUCAGUGAAUGACACUCUCUUGAUAGUGUCCUGAAGCUGCUUUUAUGAAAGAAGGGGACAGAGCCUGGGAGAGUCAGGAAAUUUCUAAUGGGGAAGAAGUAGACCCUGAGGGCCUGGUCUACUGAUUUGGGAAGAUUCAGGAAAAAAAAAAAAAAAUCUCACUACUGGAGGAAGGCUGCUGAGUGAUUUUAGGAUGAGCAAAGCACUGGGCCAUUUCCUAAUGCCCUAGAUUCCUGGGAGUGCCAGAAGCAAGCU